GUACGUCACAUCCGGUCUGGAGGUUGCCGCCCCCUCGCCCCGGUGCCCCUGGCUCCAGGCCGCUCUUCGGUUCGGAUCCUGCGGAUGGUUUUGGCUGUGUCUUCAUGUAGGACCUACCACCUGUCCUGCGGGCCGCGGCUGGGCUUCAUCAUCAGGCCUCCUCACCAGCUCCUGUCCCUUCUUUUGUGCCCCGGAUUCCGGAUCCCUCGACCGUCAGAACUUUGUGCACAGCCCAGGCCCAGAGCCAUGGCCAUCUCCUCUUCUUCCCGGGAACUGCCACUGGUGGCUGUGUGCCAGGUAACAUCAACACCAGACAAGCAGCAGAACUUUCAAACAUGCGCAGAGCUCAUUCGCGAGGCUGCCAGACUGGGUGCCUGCCUCGCUUUCCUGCCCGAGGCAUUUGACUUCAUUGCACGGGACUCUGCCGAGACGCUCCGCCUGUCUGAGCCACUGGGUGGGAACCUUUUAGGAGAAUAUACCCAGCUUGCCAGGGAAUGUGGACUCUGGCUGUCCUUGGGUGGUUUCCACGAGCGAGGUCCGGACUGGGAGCAGACGCAGAAAAUCUACAAUUGUCAUGUGCUUCUGGACAACAAGGGCUCGGUAGUGGCCGCUUACAGGAAGACUCAUCUGUGUGAUGUGGAGAUUCCGGGGCAUGGGCCUAUGCGUGAGAGCAGCUCUACCAUUCCCGGGCCCAGUCUGGAGUGUCCUGUUAGCACCCCAGCAGGCAAGAUUGGCCUAGCUAUCUGCUACGAUAUGCGGUUUCCUGAACUCUCUCUGGCACUGGCUCAGGCUGGAGCAGAAAUACUCACCUACCCUUCAGCGUUUGGAUCUGUCACGGGCCCAGCCCACUGGGAGGUGUUGCUGCGGGCCCGUGCCAUCGAAACCCAGUGCUACGUAGUGGCAGCGGCACAGUGUGGACGCCACCACGAGAAGAGAGCAAGUCACGGCCACAGCAUGGUGGUGGACCCCUGGGGAACAGUGGUGGCCCGCUGCUCGGAAGGACCAGGCCUCUGCCUUGCCCGGAUCGACCUCAGUUACCUUCGACAGCUGCGCCAACACCUGCCUGUGUUCCAGCACCGCAGGCCUGACCUCUAUGGCAGUCUGGGCCACCCGCUGGCUUAAGAGUGACUUCUGUGAGCGGGGACCCCCGUGGUGAGCGGGUCAGGCUGUUGCCGGACCCAGGUGCAGCUCCCCUCCCCUGGAGAGCCCCGACUCUCUUGAUGGGACCCAGGCUCAGCUUCUUGGGAAAGAAGCAGCUUUCCCCUGAGCUCGGAUUUCAGUUUCAGAAAGGUGGGAUUUUUCUAUAGUCACUGUUUAUUUCAUGAAAACUGAAGUUAUGCGGAGGGCUGAGCAGCACUGGCAUUGAAAAAAAUAGAAUCAUCAGAAAGUC